UAUAAACAACAUACAAUCAACAAUAUAUAAAAUGACAAUGAUGAUGAAAAAUAGGAUCUAUUUUUUGAACACAUAAGAAAUGAUCUCAACUAAACAAAUAAAUUCAGCAUUGAAAAUGAAGAAUGAACGAAAAGAUCUAAACCAAAAAUAUUCAGAGUGAAUCGAAGCAGAAAUAAUGUUGUCGAAUUUGAAAAUGGAACUAUCAACAAUAUAUACUGCUUGUUAUUAUUAUUUUUUCAUAGUGCUAACAUGCAAUAUUUUUGGCACAGCAAACACUGAGGGAUACAAACAAGAAACCAGUGUGGUAAAAGUUCUUGUUAACAAUACAGCGAUAAUAAAAUGUGAUGUAACUUCGAGCGUAGCUAAUGAUAAAGUACUUUUAGUUGUAUGGUAUAGAAAUAAUGUUCCUAUUUAUAGUUAUGACACAAGAGGUGCUCACUCCGAUGCACCAUCUCACUGGAAAGAUGACGAAAUAUUAGAAAGUCGAGCUAGUUUCAGGAGAAAAGGAGAACCGGAUGAAUUAUUAAUAAAUCCAGUACUUGAAAAAGAUGCCGGAAGUUUUCGGUGUCGUGUAGAUUUUAAGUUAACUCCAACAAAAAAUAGUCAUGUAGAUCUCCAAGUUGUAGUGCCACCACAUCCACCAAAAAUAUUUAAUGAAAGGAGUGAACAAGUGGAAUCAAGGGCAGGUCCAUAUGAGGAAGGUGGUGAUCUACAUUUAGUUUGUGUUGUGACUGGAGGUUCGCCUCAGCCAAAAGUAGUAUGGUUAAGCAAUGGAAUAGAACAAGAUAGUACAAUGUUAGAUUUUGCAUUUCCAACAACGUUAAAUAGUAAAUUAGUUGUAAAAAAUUUAUCACGUAUACAUCAACAUGCGGUUUAUACAUGUCAAGCCAGUAACUUUUAUAGAAAAAGUGUUGGAACAAAUGUGACUAUAGAAUUAUAUUUGAGACCAUUAGAUGUAAUGAUAUCGUCUCCUAAUCAACCAUUGUCUUCUGAUCGCCCUUAUGAAAUUUUAUGUGAGGCUGUUGGUUCAAGGCCGCCAGCGAAAAUUACAUGGUGGCUGGGACAACAGGAAUUAUUUACACACCAACAAAAGGUCUCAUCAGAUGGUAACGUCACCUCAUCCAUUUUAAGCUUUACACCUACGAGAGCAGAUAAUGGUAAAAUACUUGUGUGCCGUGCAUCCAAUGAAUUAGUUAAGCGCGGGAUGAAGGAUACAUCCAUGAAAUUGAAUGUAUUUUUUGUACCAACAAUCACAUUGGAGCUCGGAUCAAAUUUAAAUCCGGACGAUAUUGAAGAGGGAGAUGAUGUUUAUUUUGAAUGCAAAGUACAUGCAAAUCCAGUUGCUUACAAAGUUAUAUGGAAGCAUAAUAACCAAACUGUAAUGCACAAUCCAAAAGGUGGAGUUAUUGUGAGUAGCGGAGACUUAGCGUUACAGGGAAUAACAAGACAUCAAGCAGGAAACUACACUUGUAUAGCGUCAAACGUUGAAGGGGAUGGCGAAAGCAACACAGUUGAACUCAGAGUAAUGUAUAAACCAAUUUGUCGACCCGACCAGAAAAAAGUGUAUGGUGUUGCAAGGAAUGAGGCAGCCGAUAUUCUGUGUCAAGUAGAUGCUUAUCCUCCACCAGAGUCAUUUAAAUGGUCAUUUAACAAUACAGCGGAGACAUUUGACAUGCCUCAGAGCGGAUACAGAUUGCAUUCAGAUCAGGCAUCAACACUUACGUACACGCCAAUAAAGGAAUUGGAUUUUGGUACAAUAAUGUGCUGGGCAGAUAAUGUGGUUGGCCAACAGAAAGAACCAUGUGUAUUUCAUUUGAUAGCUGCUGGCAAACCAGACAUGCCGUAUAAUUGUACAUUGGUCAACCAAACAUCAGAAUCAUUGGAAGUUGAUUGUAAUGAAGGUUUUGAUGGUGGACAAACUCAAAGAUUUAUAAUGGAAAUUUUCGAUCAACAAACAGGAAUUUUACAGGCGAAUGUGUCUUCUCGAUAUCCUGUUUUUUCAGUUGGUGGCCUAGAUCCAGGCAAAUUGUUAAAAAUCAAUAUUUUUGCUGUUAACACCAGGGGAAAAAGUGAAACUGUGACAAUGGAAGCAUUUACACUAAAAGCAGCCGAAAAACAAACAGGAAUGCACAAUCAUAUUGAAUUAACACCGAUACUUUCGAUUGGUAUCUUCAUCGGUAUAUUGACAGCACUAACUUGUAUUACUAUAGCAAUAAUCGUAGCUAUAAAAUUACGUUCAUCGCAUCAGCAGAAUACAAACACUGGCAAAAAUUCAAAAUCCAGACCUGGCAAUUUACAAAUAAAAGAAAAAAUAUCAGUGCCGUUAAGUCAAUCAGAGGAAUUGUAUGAUGAAAAGAAUCCAGAUGUGAUACCGUCAAAUGAAGAUCCAGAAUAUAAAAUGAAAUCAGGAACCGCUACGCCAUCGUCAACAUUACAAAAUUCAAUACAUAAUGACCAUGAGUUGCUUAGUAAAUCGCUAGGCGAGGAAAACAGGAAGGCAUAUAUAAAUGGGCCAACCGGUGAAAUACAUUAUGCUGAGUUGUCAUUAACUAUGCCACGAACUAGCAGUAAAGAGCAAAUGAACCAUGUAAAAAAACCACCUCCUCCAGCGUACACAUACUACGAGGAGCCAACAAUAUAUGCUCAAAUAGAUCAUAAUCAAACUUAUAAGGCGCGAGGCUCUGGCCCAAAUGCAGUGGCAGUUCCACACUCAACGUCACACCAUCAAUUGCCUGUACAAAUGCAACAGCAUCAGCCAACAAUGUACAAUAUGGCGGCUCAAACUAUGUUACCACCUGGCUCCGUGAAAACGGUAGUUGUAGGUGCUAGCCCCUCACAAUUUCCGCCUGUGAUUCCAGCCACAUCACCACUAUCAAUGCAGCAGCAGAUGCAACAGCAACAACAUCAGCAGCAGAUUUUGCUGCAACAAAAUCAUCCAAUGGCAAUGGGAACAACAACAACUAUGUAUCCGCCGCCACCACCUAACAAUUUAUCAAAUAAUAAACGGCUCCCGACUCCACGUGAAAUUGUUACGGUACGAACGCCUGUAGCAUUUUCACAACAGGAGAGUUGUGUUUAA